AUGUUGCUCUUCAGUCAUACUUCUGUAGUCAGUCUGGUGGUAUGUGUGAGAGGGAUAGGCGCAUCUCAGUAUCUAGUGUGGCUGACAGCAGGACGAAGGAGAGUUUGCAUUCAGAGGUUUAAUGUUCUGCUCGACAUGCCACCCCACAUGGAUUACUUCUACCACGAGUCCCGAGUCCCAUCCGCGUGCGGUCUGACCCGGGAGGAUGAGCUCGAUCCCGGUGCCAUCAGCUGUAUGCUGGUCGGAGACGGAGAAGUCGGGAAGACCAGCAUGAUCGUCAGCUACACUUCCAACGGAUAUCCGACAGAGUACAAACAGACGGGCUUUGAUGUCUUCUCCGGUCAGGUCCAAAUAGACGGAUCUCCAGUCAGAGUUCAGCUUGUGGACACUGCUGGCCAGGAAGAGUUUGAUGAAUUCCGGGCUAUGUCCUAUUCCCACACGGAUGUCUUCCUCCUGUGCUUCAGCAUGGUCAACCCCACCUCAUUUCACAAUAUCACCAAGAAGUGGGUACCCGAGAUCCGUGCCAAUAACCCUUCUGCUCCCAUCGUUCUCGUCGGGACUCAGUCCGACCUGCUGCUGGACGUGAACGUCCUCAUCAACCUGGACCGAUCGAACGUCAAGCCGGUGCUGAGCUCCAGGGCCCGGAGCAUGGCAGAGAAGAUCAGGGCCACGGACUACAUAGAGUGCUCAUCGCUCACGCAGAAGAACUUAAAGGAGGCUUUUGAUUCUGCCAUCUUCGCUGCUGUAAAGAAGAAAACGCGCAAGAGCAAGAAGAGGAGGUUUUCUGACAGGCGCACCAAAGCUUUCUCCAGGUGUAGCUGGAAGAAGCUCUUCUGCUUCAUCUGAACUCUGUGAUCGUCAACCCUGUGGGUUGUGGGCAAAAUCAUUUUAUUUAUUUAAUUAUAUUACUUUCACUUUAAUCACAUAUUCAAUAUGUGGCCAGUGUGGCACUCUUUCCUUUUUAAAUAUUUGGCUUAUUAUCUGUGGGAUGCCAAAUGGGGAAACAAAGACAUGAACGCAGUGAGCUAACAUCAGCAGUGACUGCAGGAGAGGAUUCUGGGUCAUUCUCAGAUUGACCCAGGACAACAGUGCUGUUUACAUUACAUUUACAUGUUUGAUUUGGUUCAUGUAUGCUGCUACAUGACAGAGCAGGACAGUGAGCUGACACUUCACUGUCAGAGAGAUGAACAAAUCCGCGUUAACACAGCCCCGGAGAGAAAAGGCCAGGGCCUCAUGUGAAGCUGUGAAUUUGCAUGGUGUGCUGCCUUCAACGUAGGCGAGAGAGCAAGAGAGAGAGAAACAGAAAGUGUCGGGACUGUGUUUGAGCAGAUGGGCAUUAGCCACUUCACUGUUGUGUUCCUGCUGCCUGACUGCACCAGCGAUUUAUAUGCAGCAGCUGUGAGUUCACGUUGCAGUGCGAGCUGCUGCAUUCUUACCUGCAUGCAAAGCCUCCCUGACUGGUUUUGUGUUGCUAUUUUCUCUGUUCUCCAAGUAGGUCAGCUGACAGCCCGAUCGGGCCCGGUAUUUAUUUCCUAAUUAUUGUUUGAAUCGGUGAUUGAUAAAGAAAACACAGCAGGAGGUUUUGUUUGUGACAAAUCAGACACACGUGUGUUGUCUUAAUCUUUCAAUUGGCUGAGGAACUAGUUUAAAAAUCUUCUCGGCUGAGGUGAAAGGUUGCAGGAGAGCAGUGACCUUUGCCCCCCCCCCCCCCCCCCAUCAAUCUGCAUCUGUAAAACCAAGCACUGCAGGGAUCCUGACUUCCACCCUGCAGACUGUCCUACCACCACCAUCUCCAGCCUGGCUUUCUUAUUCGCUCCUCUUUGUUUGUAUGUUCAGUACACUCCUUAUUUCCUCAGAAGCCCUCUGUGUACAGUUAGAGGUUGCUAAACAGCCUCUGUGUGAAUAUAAGUGUAAGGCAGUACACUUAAAAAACAGCUGUGUAAGAAUAAAAAUCAUAUCUGCAUUCCAGUGUUUUAAUAUCUGGUGCAUAUAGACUUGUGUAUACAAGGUUAUGCUUCUUGUGGAAGUCGACUUAAUGUUUAAUGUUCUUAAUGUUCUGUUUGUUAAAACAGGUCUUUUUUUUUGUCAUGUGCAUGUUUAUGAAAUAUUACAUAAGGCACGAGUUUUAAAAAGGAUUAAUGUACUCUGCAGGUUUGUUAUAUUUUGUAUAAUUGUCAUUAAUCUCAACCAUCUUCUGCUCUAAGCUGUGUGUCUUUUAUAUGGUGGAGUGAUGUGAUGCAAAUAA